AUGGCGGCGCCGCUGUUGAAGUGGCAGGAACGCGCCAGGGCUAUUGCCCGUUCACCCGCCGACGCCUUCACGAAGGCCGAGCUCUACGCUACCCGGGUCGGCAGCUUCUCGCGGAUCCUCAAGGUGCCCCCGACGACGUGCACCCUCGCAGAUUGGCACCACUGGAUCGACUGGGGCGGCCCCAAGCUCCCCUCCAUCGUCAUCCAGGGCGCGGCGGCCAUGGCAAGAGUCCAGGACAGCGGCAUCUGGGAGGAGCCCCCGUGGAUCGACGACUUGGCUGAGGCCAGCUGCGGCUUCCCCAAUCGCCCCCAGUUCUGCAACCAUCCGGAUGCCCUCCUCCACGAGAUGGCUGAACCGUGGAAGUCCGACGGCGACGCGAAGGAUGGGCUUCAGAAGCGGCUCAAUCGUACUCUCAUGCGGUGCCUCAUGCCGUCGACGAUGGUAGCAAAGUUUAGGGAGCGCACCCUCAAGUGGUUUCCAAUGGCCGCAGGCGCCGCGAACUCCCUCGACUGGAACGCCCACCAGGAGCGCCUCAUGACCAUGGCCCCCAGCGUGCGGCUUGCUGCAACGAAGUGGGCGCGUGACGGGGCGCUGGACACCUACCUCGGCGGCCUCAUCAUCCUCUUCGACGAGCUCCCGCUCGACGUUGCCGCGCCCCCGCGGACGCCGGUGAUCUUCAUGAUGUCGCUGAAGCUGCUCCCGAUGCAACAUCCACAUCCACGGCACUCCUUGAGCCCGGCCCGCGCCACCCCACAGGAGGAGCUGCAGGAGGCCCUGGCGGGCCUGCGGCAGGAGCGCGACGAGGCCGCGCGCGCGGGCGACGAGGGCGUCAGGAGCGAGGCAGAGGCGGCUGCUGCGCUCUCGCGGGCCGUGGAGUCGUUGCGGAGUGAGCUGCAGGGGGAGCAGGAGCAGGCGGCGCGCGCCUCCGCCGCGCGGCGGCGUGCGGCCUCGGAGCUGCGCGAGGCCCAGGACGAGCUGGACCGCAAGGUGCUGCAGACGCAGGCGCAGGGAGUACGCAACCUCUCCGAGAUGCACCAGGUACCCCGACAAAUAAAACGCAUGAUGUUCAUGGCCUUCGUGGUAGGGCAGUACAUGGUCACGGUAUCUGCCACCAAGACAGGCGGGCAAGUGGAGCUGCGGGACCAGCUGAGAUCGCUCCAGAGGCUCACUCUCCAGAACUCGAACGAGAUACGCAACUUCCUGCACGUCACGGGAGAGUUCUGGCUGACGCCGCUCGAACCAGAAUGGGUGCAGGCGCCGAUGGAGACAGGCAGGGAGUACGGGCGGAAAGAGAUCGUGGCGGUUCUCGAUACGGAGGAGCAGCAACUAGACGCGUCUCUCCUCCACGUGAGACAGCUACUGAAGGAGUUCAUGAGCCAGCUCGACGAGCCCUGGGGACCAAUCUUCAUCACGGAGGUCUUCUUGCAGUGCAAGAUCCAGGAGGCAUACAACAAGACGGGCGAGGACGUGGAGAUGGACAUCAAACAAUGCAAGGCCAAGCUCAUCUACACGAUCAACACGGCGCCGAGCUUCAGGGCCGUGCUGUACGACCAGAAGCUGGAGCAGGAGCAGUACGACAAGAUCGCGGGCUUCAAGGGGGACAUAUUCAAGCAGGCCCUGGGCCACGCGCUGGCGCACCUAGGGGCCACGAAGAGUCGCUCAGGAGGCCCGAAGACGGGCCUGGAGAGGGCGGUGGAGGCGCAGCUCAACAGGAGGUGA